AUGUAUUCUAUCGUUCAAGAGAAACCUCAAGAAAAUAAAGUCUUCGUUAAAAACGGGAAUGAGUAUUAUUAUUCGACGUACAUGACACGAUGUCUUUUGAAAAUGAUCGGUACUUGGCCACUUGAUGGAAAUGUUUCUACAUUCGAAAGAAUUUCCCACCAAUUUAUAAAAGUUCUUUAUUGCUGCAUUUUAUUAUUCUUUUUUCUACCCACCCUACAAUACGUAAUUUUCAUAUCGAAAGGCUUACGAUCGAGGACCAGAAUUUGUGCCAUGCUUUUCACCAAUUUCACAAAUUUUUUCAAAUAUAUUCUUUUAAUGAAAUAUAAUAAUGAAAUAAAAUUAUGUUUGUGGCAAACGAAAGAGGACUGGAAAAAUAUCUUGUUGCAACAGGAUUACGAGAGUAUGAUAUCCCGAGGCAAACUUGGAAGAUAUUGGACGUUAUUCUCAAUUCUUCUGACCUAUAUCGGUAUUUUUAUGAACCGUAUGAUACUGCCGCUCGUCAAAGGGAAAAGAAUCGUAAAUAACGUAACCAUAAGACCAUUGCCUUGUCCAACUUAUUUUAGAAUUUUUGACGAGCAGAAAUCACCAGCUUACGAAAUCGUUUUUUUCAAUCACGUUCUUUCUGCAUACAUUAUUUACACCAUCUCUGCGACUGUAUUUGCUUUGACGAUAUACUUUAUUCUACAUGCUUGCGGCCAGCUUGAGAUUCUCAUAAGAAAAAUGAGAGAUAUCGAGACGAUGAACUUGGACGUUGGGAAUGCUGACGAACUCAUCCUCGAGGCAAUUUUGCAUCAAGCAAAAACCAGAAGCUUCAUAAAGAAAGUAGCAGAGAUCGUACAGUACAUGUGUUUAGCGGAAGUAGCGGGCUGCGUAUUCUGUAUUUGCAUCUCCCUUCACUCUUUGGCUAUGGAAAUUAAUAGCAUGAUAUCUAUAGUAACGCAUACGAUAAUCAUGGUAACGUUCACAUACAACCUUUUCAUUCUUUGUUAUAUCGGAGAACUUUUGGCCGACCAGAAUUUGAAAGUUCAUCUAAUGUCAAGAACACUGGAUUGGCAUAAUCUUCCCCUUAAAUCUGUUCGAAAUUUGCUAUUGGUAAUACUUGCGUCGAAUGAUGCUCCGAAGUUGGUAGCAGGCAAGGUGAUGGAUUUAACAUUGAGUAAUUUUACUUCGGUGUUCAAAUCAGCAGUCGGAUAUUUUAAUAUUCUGCGUAGCUCUACUUUGUAGUAGCAUCGAGUUUUAAUCUAGUAAAAAUUCUAUAAGAUACGAUUAGAAACUGCGCAUAUAAAUGUUACAAAACAAACAAACUUAGUAAGAGAAAUAAAAUCGAUGAAUACAAGAAUUCGUUUUGCUUUUCUUACUUUUCAUCGUAAAUAUUAUAAAUUACUUUGUUUUGCAUUCUUGUUUUAGCACUAUGUUUCAGCUUAA